CUCUUCAGAGACGCUCCCAGGCAGCGGCGCGCAAGAUGGCGGCGGCCGAGCGGGAGGCCUGUGAGGCGGCGGCCAAAGAGGCCUGUGAGGAGCAGCGGGCGGGCCCCGGUUCCGCCCAAGCCCCGAGCCCGGCUCCGCUCGGCUUGACGGAGCUUCCCGGCGAGCUUCUGGAGCUCAUCCUGUGCUGCGGCUCGCUGGGCGCCGCCGACCUGGGCCGCCUCUCCUGCACCUGCCGCCACCUGAGGGAAGCCUGCCAGCCCCGCGGGAAGGUCUGGCGGGAGCAGCUGCGGCGCAGGUGGCCUUCUUUAAUGAAAUAUUACAACCAGGCAGACAGUGUGAAUUGGCUGGAGCAAUACAAAGAACGGCAUAAAGCAGGAUUGAAAGCCCAAACAGUCGUCGCCUCGUUUUCCAAAAGGUUCUUUUCAGAGCACGUGCCCUGUGAUGGCUUCACAGAUAUCGAGACUCUAGAUUGCCCCAGCCAUUUCUUUGAAGAUGAGCUGAUGUCCAUUCUUAAUACAGAAGGCAGGAAAGGGCUGACCUGGAAGUACUAUGCAAAGAAAAUUCUUUACUUCCUGCGGCAACAGAAUAUUUUAAAGAAACUGAAGACUUAUCUUGAGUACUCAGCAGAUGAACAAUCCUUUUUAGAAGGGGCUGUGCUGGUUGACCAAUACUGUAACCCUUUGUCGGACAUCUCCCUCAAGAGUAUCCAAGCUCAGAUUGAUGACAUUGCUGCUAAAGUGUGUAAAUUUCUCAAAUCCAAAAACCCCAGGCAUCCCACUGUGGACCGAAAAGCAGGAGAGGCCUUGAUUGUCUCUCAGGUGGAGCUCCAGAGGCAGGUUCUGGAUGCUAUGAACAGCGUCCUUUAUGAGCAGUUGAAGUACCGAGGGAACGAGGUGGAUUAUUACAAUUGUCAGAAUUCCUACAUCCAUCAGGUUUUGAUUCGCCGGACCGGAAUCCCAAUCAGCUUGUCGGUGCUGUAUUUGACGAUUGCCAAGCAGUUGGGCGUCCAGCUGGAGGCGGUCAAUUUCCCCAGUCACUUUCUGCUCAGAUGGUGCCAGGGAAAAGAAGGGAGCACCAAUAUAUUUGACUAUACCUACAUCGAUGCUUUUGGGAAGGGGCGGCAGCUGACGGUCAAAGAGUGUGAAUACUUGAUUGGCCACCAUGUGACGGAGGAAUUUUAUGGCGUGGCAACAGCCAAAGAGGUUCUGCAGCGAAUGGUGGGCAACCUGCUAAAUAUUGGAAAGAGGGAAAGCACUGACCAGUCAUACCAGCUCCUGAGAGACUCUUUGGACUUGUAUUUGGCCAUGUAUCCGGACAACGUCCAGCAUCUAAUGCUCCAAGCGAGACUCUAUUUUCAUCUGGGAAUCUGGCCAGAAAAGGUUCUGGACAUCUUGCAGCACAUCCAGGCCUUGGACCCCUCCCAGCAAGGAGCAGUGGGGUAUUUAGUCCAGCACACCCUCGAGCACAUCGAGCGUCGGAAAGACGAAGCCGGUCCUGAUGUGAAGCUUCAUUCCGACGAGAAACACAAAGACAUCACCUUUUCCAUCGGCCUGGUUAUGAAGCACAAAAGAUACGGCUACAACUGUGUGAUCUACGGUUGGGACCCAGCGUGCAUGAUGGGACACGAAUGGAUCCGAAACAUGAACGUCCACAGCCUGCCCCAUGGGCCUCACCAGCCUUUCUACAACGUUUUAGUGGAAGAUGGGUCGUGCCGAUACGCUGCCCAAGAGAAUCUGGAACUCAACCCAGAACCUCACGAGAUCCCUCACCCAGACAUCGGUCGCUACUUCGAGGAGUUUGCCGACACGUAUUACGUGGCCAACCCAGAGUUGGAGAUCCGAUACCCUGAGGAUAUGGAGCUCACGCGUUCCGCUGGCCAGAAAACGGAAGAGAGCAAAGAAUGAGAUUGAUUUCUUUCUUUCUUUUUUCUUCCAUCCCCUUCCUCUUUGCAAGGACAGGAGAAACUUUCCACAAGCAGCGGUGGGAAUUUCAUCAUGAGGAAGCUGCUGGUCUGAGGAACUGCAUUUUGCUAGCUAGUAGUGAAAACAUCGUGUUGUGUAACCCUCUCGAUUGCAUUGUGCCGACACUUGUAAAAAAACAAACACAAAAACCCAUGUGUUUAGAAACCACCUCUGAAAGUUCCUUCCCCCAGAAUGAAGAACUUCUGAGACUUAAAUAAAAGUUCUCCUUCUGUGAAAUUUUGCACGACCUGCAGACGGCUGAAGCAGCCGUGGAUGAUUUCUAGGUAGGACUUUUUUGGAACAAACACGACAUUUGUCUUGGUUCAACUUUGACCAGCCAACGAGGUGCCAAAACCUUAGGAAUGACAUUGGAUGCUUCCUUACUCAAAAGAUCUCCUAGAAACAUUUGUCAGGAACUCUCUCCGCUGCUUCAGGCCAACAACUCAGAUUUUAAAAACCUGCGCUGGGUUGUCGUCGUUAUUUUUAUUUUUUAUUUUCCUUGCAGGGUUUCUUGGAUUCACAUUCCAUCACACAAGACACCAUGCCACCUUGGUGACGAAGCUGGAGACGAGCAUCAUUCUCCUUCCGUUCUGCUUGUUUGCUCACUCCAUUUAAAAAAAAAAAAAGGGAUAAAACAGCAAAUUUCUCAAACGUAACACUGGGAGGAAAAGAAAGCACCGAAGGACGUUAGCGUUCAUGGUCUAAAAUUUCCUUUUCUCAGGGAAAAAAUAAAAUAAAAUCAGAGCCGGUUGAUUUGAAAGUCCGUCUGGCAAGAAAGAACUGAUCAUGCUUUCAUCGGUUGUUGUAAAUAAUAUAAUUUCCAGGCUGUGGACUAUGUAAUUUCUGAAUUGGUGUGUCUGGGCAGAGUGCCGCUGACACUGGCUGCAUUGCGCAUUUUAGGGGCAGAGGAGGUAAGCUUUUAAUUAUCACAUUGUUAAAAGGAUAAAAUGAUACGCUUCUACGAUCUUUUAAGUCCCGAAUGUUGCUGUUUUGUAGCGGUGAAAUUGUUAUUUUCAGGAUCACCCCCUUCAUUUGCAUGCUGUGUUUUCAUCACACUUCGGCCAGCGCAUUUCCCCGUGAAAUUUAGUGUUAACCUACAGGGAGUAACAGCUCAGAGGUUCGAGUUAGAUUGUCCCUCUAGGAACACGCGUGCGCCCUUCGACAAUGUGUACAGAUAGUCCUCGACUUACAACCGUAACGGAACCUGCCCAUUAUGGUCAUAAGUCAUGAUAAGACAUAUUCCGAAGAGAGAGAGAGAAGUUUCCUGAGGAUGGGCUCCAACACGAGGCCCAAAACUUGGAAGAAUAAAACUUUGAUCCUAGUGACUGUCUCGGGAUUGGAUCCUACUGUCAGGGUUCCAAGUAAUCCACCUAUACCAAACAAAAUGCCCAAGGCAGGUAGAUUCCUCAAAGAAUAGCUUUACAGUUUUACUAGGUAUAUCAUAUUGGCACGGUUCUGGCGAAAACUGAACUCUGAAGGUUCCCGCGGUUUUCAUCUAAUUAAAGGGUUUUUUUUCCCCCUUCCCCCAAACAAUCAGUCACAUGGGCCAAUCAAGGUGCUGCCCGGUUGCCUGGUAACGUCACUCCUCCUCUCUCUCUGACCAGGUGUGAGAAUGGCCUUGGUUCCCAGAAGGAAGUAUUUUGUUUUGGCUACAAAACCCCAGCUAUCUCUAUUCCCCCCCCCUCCCUCCCUAUCCCCUCAGCUCCAGCGUGGCAACACUAAAGCUUCAAAACGGCGUAGGGUCAGGUCAGCUUCAGGAUUGACACCUUGCAAUAAGUCAUAAAGCAGGUCAUCGCAUCACCAACCCGAUUUUUACGGCCUCUUCGUUUUCCUUCGUGUGCUGUGGUUGUUAAAUGAGCCCGUUGUGCACGAUGGGGCAUUUUCGCCAAGAACCAGAAGCAAAUGCUUGUUUUCAGCAAACACAUCGUCAAUCGCAAUCAUGUGGACGCCCCCUCCCCCCCUCAGGACACUGUGUAAAUGAUUGCCCACCACCCAAAAAAUGCAGGAGCAAGAAAGGGACUGUCCGUCGGAACUUGAGAACCAAGAUGUACAAAUAACCUUUUUGGGAAGUCCGGCGUAAUUUUGGACAGUCGCUAAGCAAACGAUCGUAAGCGGAGGACUACCUGUAGACCUUUGGAUCGGUGGUGGUGGAGCCGAAUCCACCGGUGGAUUGCAUCAGGCCGGCGUGAUUUAUCUCUCCCAAGGGCAGCCGCCAACGGGGUUUACCUCCCUUGAGACGUGAGCCCGUGCUGACUCCCAGGCGCAGGACCGUUGUCUGCAUCAUCCCGUGAGAUCCGACGAAGAUGACCGCUGAAGACGCAGAAGGAGAGGGGGGCGGGGGCUGCAAAGACCACCCUUCGCGGCUGCUUUUAAAAGCCAAUCGCAAAAGCCGAAUGGAAAGAACUAACCUAUGCAGUUCACGCAGCACAGCCCUCUUGUUGAUUUUUGAGAGGUUUUUAGCAAUACCCAAGUCCAUAUUUUAGCAAUACGCGGUCUCUCUCUCUCUCUCGCUGACGGGGAGACGGUGCGGCUGAGAAACGAACCACAAAGCUGCCUCAGCUUGCACCCUUCAGCCUGCAGCUGGCUGCGGGUCCCCUGUUAUCCCUGGUCAGAUAACCUCAAUCAGAAGUGUUUUCAUUUCCCUCUCUGGAUAGUUGUGGAUCUGAUGCAUGCCUGCCUCUCUUUCUCUCCUAAACUUAUAUAUAUAUAAGUUUAUAUAUAUAUUUCCUGAAGCGCUUGGAAUUUUUCCUUCAUCUGAAUGGUGCUAUAUAAAUCCAUCUCCCUCCCCCUCCCUCCCACCCUCUUUCGUUCUCCCCUUUUCGUUCUCUCUCCCCCUUUCGUUCUCUCUCUCCCUCUUUUGUUCUCUCUCUCUUUCUCCCUCUUUUGCUCUCUCUCUCUCCCUCUUUCUUUCUUCCUCCCUCUCUCCCUUUUAUUCUCUCCCUCUCUUUCGUUCUCUCUCUCCCUCUUUCGUUCUCUCUCUUUCUCUCUCUCUCCCUCCCUCUUUUGUUCUCUCCCCCUCUUUCCUUCUCCCUCCCUCUUUCGUUCUCCCUCUUUCGUUCUCCCUCCCUCUCUCCCUUCCUCUUUUAUUCUCCCUCUUUCGUUCUCCCUCCCUCACCCUCUUUCAUUCUCUCUCUUUCUGUCUCUCUCAUCUCUCUAUCUAUCCCUCUAUUUACCUUCAAGCAUUUUGAAGAUAUCCAAAAAAGCAGAGUUUGUACAGCCCAUCAAUCCUGUAUGCAGUUUUGAA